UGGCUGCUGCUGCCGCUGCACUGGGCGGACACUGGACCCGAAUGCACCUCGCUUGGCUCCGUGGUCAAAAGACUUCAAAAUACCUAUGGAGUAGUAUACCAAAAUCUACCUGCAAUACCUAGACUCCUGGCCAAUGAUAGAAGCAGUGUCUGAUUACAACUGAUAUCCAUUUCUAUCAUCAGUCUUCAACAACGUCCGUGGCCAGUGCGGUCUGCAGUGCAGUCAGUUCCAGCACCACGGCGCUGUGCAAGGGUGUCGAUUCACCCACCACUGCCCCCCUUCCCAAUCCAGACACGACUAGGUUGCGCUGGGUAAUAAUCGCAAAACUGGCCGGUCACCCUCCCGUCCGCCAGCCAGCCGAGAGCUGCCCUUCUUUUUUUUCUUCCUCUCCCUCCUUUUCCUGCCCCCGACCUCCAUUGUUGACCAAACUUGACAAUUUUCUAUUCUCUGGAAGGGAAUCUCGCGAAUUGCAACCCCAGUGUUGCGAUCGGUAGUCUUGUCUUGUCUUGUCUUGUCUUGUCUGCUCUGCUCUGCUCUGCUCUGCUUGGGCCUCCCUUCUUGCUCGCCUCUCCCCCCCCUCUCUCCACUUGCUUUCCGAUAGUCAUUUCAUUCAGCACCGUCGGGCCCUUGCCUAGCUGUUUUACUGGCCCGGCAUACCCACCCCUGGAGCUCGCAUUCUUCCCCAAGAGAACUCCUGCAUCCAUUCAACCACACCCUAACCUCCAAACUAGCACCUGCUGUCUCAAUCCUGCCGACAUCGACAAUCGUCGUCGACUGCCACCACCCGCGCGCGCCCAUUCGUCAAUCGGCCCCCCGCCCCAUUGCAGAGACGAUUGACCACCACCGCAAAGCACCGCAGAGAUGGAUCCAGGCCGACCGAACGAUGUAUCGCCCGAGGCGAUGCAGGCACGCAUCCAGCAGGCGCGUCGCGAGGCUGAGACUCUCAAGGACAGAAUCAAGAGAAAGAAGGAGGAGCUGGCCGACACGACGCUCCGCGCCGUCGCCGCCCAGGCCCACGAGCAGAUCCCAAAGAACCAGCUGAUGAGGACGAAGAGGACACUGAAGGGCCAUCUCGCAAAGAUCUACGCGAUGCACUGGUCGACCGACCGAAGACACCUCGUUUCUGCUUCACAAGACGGCAAGCUCAUCAUCUGGGACGCCUACACAACAAACAAGGUGCACGCCAUCCCCCUCCGAUCAUCAUGGGUCAUGACCUGCGCCUACGCCCCGAGCGGCAAUUACGUCGCCUGCGGUGGUCUCGACAACAUCUGCUCCAUCUACAACCUCAACCAGAGCCGUGACGGGCCCACGCGCGUCGCCAGGGAACUGUCGGGCCACGCCGGCUAUCUUUCCUGCUGCCGUUUCAUCAACGACCGGAGCAUCCUCACCUCGUCGGGCGACAUGACUUGCAUGAAGUGGGACAUCGAGACGGGCACAAAGGUGGUCGAAUUCGCCGACCACUUGGGAGAUGUCAUGAGCAUCAGCUUGAACCCAACAAACCAAAACACUUUCAUCUCGGGUGCCUGCGACGCCUUCGCUAAGCUUUGGGAUAUCCGCGCCGGCAAGGCCGUGCAGACGUUUGCCGGUCACGAGUCCGACAUCAACGCCAUCCAGUUUUUCCCCGAUGGCCACUCUUUUGUAACAGGUUCCGAUGAUGCCACCUGCCGAUUAUUCGACAUCCGUGCCGACAGGGAAUUGAACUUUUAUGGGUCCGAGUCGAUCCUGUGCGGUAUCACCUCGGUGGCCACCUCUGUAUCUGGCAGGCUGCUGUUUGCUGGUUAUGAUGAUUUCGAGUGCAAGGUAGGACAGACUGAAAAAGAAAAAGAAAAAAAUUCCCCUGCGUGCGCAAAGUUUGUGAGGCUAACCGUCGGUAAUAAGGUUUGGGAUGUUACCCGGGGUGAAAAGGUUGGCUCUCUCGUAGGCCACGAAAACCGUGUCAGCUGCUUGGGAGUUUCCAACGACGGUAUAAGUUUGUGUACCGGUUCAUGGGACGCUUUCCUCAAGGUUUGGGCCUACUAGAAGCCCAACCGUGUGAUGCCGAUAAACGAACUGUCCUCCCAUAUGGAUACCCGACCCCCGCCAAUGAGCCGCCUAAAAGAAGAGAGGAUUAAUCCAGUGCCCCUAUUAUGUUGUUCCUAAUUCAAUCUGUCGGCACACGCCCUUUUUUUAAUCACACCGAUCCGGCGUGGACUGCACAGGACGAAGUCACGAUAUUACCCCCCCCCUGCGCUUUUCAUUUUUCUUUUGGCCACACAACGACACAAUAACAACAACAACAACAACAACAACAACAACUCGCCCUCGCUCACUCACACACAUAUACAUACACAGCACGAAAGUCUCGGUUGUCCACCUAUUCUAGUGUGUUUUUGGGUGGUAUAAACUGGGUUUCUUCUCAUUUAAUUGGCUCCUGGCUUUUAUGUUUUAUUGCGGUGCGGGGGUUAAAUGUUUGUUUUAUUGCAAAAAAAAAGAUCUUUUUUUUUGCUCUUGACGGAACUAACUUGAGGGCCCGAGGGACAGGAUUUUAUAGGUAGGGAGGGAGGGGA